UUUUUUUUUUUUUAUUUCCUAAUCGUUGGAUGACAUGCUGGCAUGUCGUUGCAGGAAUCUACCUUAAACCCAGUCUCUUCACUAUCCGUGGUUUUCACUUCUUCAUCCCUGAGUUUUCUUACCUUCUAAUCUAAUUCUCUACUCUUAAUCUGUUGAUUCUCAACCGAAUCGAGGUAUGUCAUGGCGUCCUUAUCUCGUAGGUUCACCGACUGAUUAUUCACCCCCUAUCCCUAGCCGGAAGGGAGCUUGAUCGCCGAGUUUCAGAUCAAAAUGUGGCUAAAGGUUUCAUCGAAUUUCCAUCGGUCGAAGAAGCCGGUAAUUGGAACUCCUACAUUGGUCGGCAAGACCCUGGAUGAUAAUGAAUACCAGUCCUUUCCUCUUGUUUCUGGUGUGCAGAAAGAAAAUGCCAAGUACAACUCAAAGACUUUACCCACCCCGCCGGCGAAUACCUCGGACUCGUCCUUUUCCGCGCGCCGGCCGCACACGGGUGGCAUGCAAGAUGCAAUGGCCGACCACCGCCGUAAACCCUCUAUCAGUUUGACGCAACGUUUUCCUCAUGACCAAGAUCAUCGGAAUACUAGUCUCUCAAUCUCACCCCCCGACUCGCCGGAUUUCCUUGGCCGUGGGCCCGUUAGUUUAGGCAGCUCUCGAGUCUCAUCCAUAGAGGAUGAUUUUGAACAGCACUUUGGGAAGCCGGAGAAUACGUUCACCAGCCAGAUUCCUGUUUUGCGGAAACACACAGAUAGCCAACGAGAAUCAUCAGCGCCUGCGUUGAUGCGCCCUGCUACCGGAUGGGAUACUUUAUCUCGUGAACCGAAUAAUACAGAUACCUUUGCGCAGGCCGCCCCUGGAUGCUCGUUCGAAACCCACAUAUCCUCCGAUUCUAGACCUUCGGAGUCUCGUGGUUCGGAUGUUCGCAGUUGGGCCAAGGAGCAGAACAGAAAGCUCUCAGGAGCACGUAGCCGGCCAAGUGAAAGCGACAUCUUUCUUCCGCCCAGUGCUCGGGUACCAUGGAAAGGUGCCAGUGGACGAUCUCCGAUAGUGGAACCCGUCCAGGAAAAUCCAAGAGCCAGGUCUGCGUCCCUUAUGCAAUUGUCGAGGAGUGCCAGUCGAUUAAGGGGCCGAGAGAGUCCUUCGCCCAGUGAGGCAUACCUUGGUAUUGUGCCAUCUGUCGUGACGACUAUCACCGGUGGUGAAGCCAGCAUAAAAAGUCCGGAGCAAUAUAUGCCAAGCAAGGAUACCCACCGAACAGGAGUGUUUGAGGACCCGACCCCUCCUGCGACUAGCGCAAGCAGACGUGCUCCGCCACGCGUCAAUCUACCGGAGCCUGAUUUCACCGAUACUCUUGCGGACUUGAAACUCACCAACGAAAAUGACCUGGGUUUGACUUCAAGCCGCUUCAGUGCAACUACUUACGAACCCACAGAAGCAGGCAGUUCAACUGCGACGGGAAGCCGGCGAGAUAGUAUCGACACUGCUUCCCAGUCUACCGACAAUCUUCCCUCCAUCAUGUCCAGAAAGCGUCCCGUCCCCAGUGCGUCAGCCCCGGGAAAGAAACCAACGCGAAAACCUACCCCAUCUCAAGCACCGGAUCAAGCUACACCGUGUCCGCCAGAGCAACAAGCUCAAAGUCGCAUCGAGAUGUUAGAAGCACGUAGAGACUACCUCGCACGCCGCAAAGCAAACAUCAAUACGAUGAUCUACGAGUUGACGCAAGUCAUUCAACCCAGUCCCAUUGCUUACGAUAUAGCUGCCAGGGACGAGGUGAAGAAAACCGUCGCCAGCUUCAAUAACGAGCUAGCUGAUAUCACUAAAGAGGAACAUGAAAUUGGCAUGAAACUAUUCCGGGCAUGGAAGAAGCGUGAUGAACAGCAGUGCUACAGUGGCAGCGGUCUAUGGGUUAAACGAAUAACCAGCUGAAGGGCGAUUCACUAGGCCUUCUACAUUCUUUUCCCGUACUUUAUUUUUCCCCGCAGCUUCCUCAUCAACAAUUUUUUUUCCU